AUGUUUUCAUCAAAACAUGUGAAACCUAAGGAACUAGUGAAAGAUGUUAUGAAACGUCUGGAAAAGAAUGGAGCUUCAGAAACAACUCUUCAUGAAUCCGAAAUUAUCGAAAUAUGCUAUCGAUCAAGAGAACAGCUGAUGUGUGAUGAGUCAGUGUUGGAUUUGCAAGUACCAAUCACCGUUGUCGGCGAUGUUCAUGGUCAAUUCCAAGACCUAAUGGGAGUAUUUGAACUCAAUGGACAUCCUUCAAAAAAGAAAUAUUUAUUUCUCGGUGACUACGUUGAUCGGGGUCAAUAUUCCAUUGCAACCAUAGUCUUACUACUUUGCUAUAAGUUACUAUAUCCAAAAAAUGUAUACUUAUUGCGAGGAAACCAUGAAACACGACUGAUUAACAGGGUUUACGGUUUCUAUGAUGAAUGCACUAAGCAAUACAGCACCAAACUAUGGAUGCUGUUUCAAACGGUUUUUGAUUGUUUGCCUCUUUGUGCCAGAAUAAGUGAACGCAUAUUUUGUAUGCAUGGUGGUAUAUCACCUGAAAUCAAACGUUGGGAAACGUUGAAGAAACUUAGACGGCCAACGGAAAUACCUGAUUUUGGCGUACUCUGCGAUUUAGUCUGGGCUGAUCCUUCCAAAAACGUAUACGGUUUCUCGGAAAAUCCUCGAGGAGUAUCCUGCAUAUUUGGAGAAAAUGCCGUGUAUGAAUUCUGCCAAAAUAUGAAGAUAGACAUGGUAGUGCGGGCUCAUCAGGUGGUGCAAGAUGGUUACGAAUUCUUCGCAAAUCGUAGGUUGAUAACUAUAUUCUCGGCACCAUUCUACUGUGGUCGUUUCAACAACGCAGCUGCAAUGAUGAGUGUCGAUGAUGACAUGCGAUGUCAGUUCUACAUCCGUCGACCAAAGGAUCACGCUUGGUCAAAAAAAAUACCAAAAAGUAGCAUGAGAGCAUUAAAUGAGUUUUCCGAUCUCACUAUAGCAGAGACUGUAUCAGUUAAGUAUUUUAUUAAGGACCUAGCAGAAGAAAACGUAAGAAAGGGAAAAAACAACCCAUCAUAA